AGCAUAUUUCAUUUCAGCCCAAAGUCCAACAAUAAUUUAUUUCCAUAAAAAAAUUUGAUUGAUUUGAAUAAUAAGUUAAUAUAUUUUCGGGCGUUACAUAACAUGUGGCCUUGGCUUGGUAGAGAUGAGCUCAGCUCGGACCUCGGGCUCCUUCCUUCUCGGCAUGGACAAGACGACAGUGAUGUUGACUUCAGGAUGGGAAACGUUGGUGAAGGAAUCUGAAAAGAACUUGAUGGCCUCGCUGCAAAUCUGUUCUUCAUCUAUAAUAGAUGUAAUGGCGGAGUGCUUCCUCAGCGGCCUGGCUUUUUGCCAAAUUUUGUCAAACUAUAAAUCGUUGAAGGUGGCCAUGGUGGUGACGAGCUCGUCGAUAAUUGCCUCUUUGGACCCGGACGCCAUUGAAGAUGAUGCCCUAUACACCUUCUCCUUAUCACUACAAAUGGGCCAUGUCUGCUCUGGAGGGGUCAGAAUGUCAUCAUCGUCGUCAGUAAGCAACAUCGAUGUCCAACGAGCGUCGGACCCCCCGGGGUUACUCUUAUCUCCAGACUCCGACGUCUUGGUCCGUUUUGUCUUGGAGACCUCACUCGGCAUCGGAGCCCACUAUGGGUGUGCAAACAAUAUCUCCCAUGCUUUGAUGUGUGGGAAAGAUGUAUUAUACCGCUCUUGGUAUGUGUCCAAGGUCCUUUCUAAAACAUCUUCGUCACUAGCUCUACUUUGCAGAGUGAGGGCGACAGAGUUGUGUAUAUCGGCCAACUUGUUGACUUUUGCAUUCAAGUCGCAGUAUUUGGAGGAGAUGGUGUCGACGUUGCGGUAGGGCUCAAUGUUCAUAAGGGCGUGGAAUAUCGUCGUUACCCUAGCCCAAAAGCCCUCCACAUUUUGGGCCGUCCCUAAACGUGAAACAAAAUUGUGAGCAAAAAAAUUAUACGUAAAACUUAAAUUAAGAGUACACAUCUUAUCUUACUCUAUACAAACUAUACAAAGAAAAAAAAGCAGGAACAGUGUUCCUGCGUAGCAGGGCAAACUAUGGCUACAAUAUGAGGGGGGGCAAAUAAAGGUGUGGGGCAGUACUGUGCCAACAUUCAUCCCAUAUAAUUAAGAAAUAGUACAUUUGGUACAAUACUUCACGUGUGUAUAGGCAUUCAUCACAAAUCGUCUAGCUUUUCCUUCUCUUAUUUCUCAUUCACCAUUUCCAUAUUUCUUCUCAUUCUUAGAUUACUGAACUUCUUUUUCCCUGCCAUCUACCUCUUUCAAUUCCCUUGGCCCUUCAAUAAGAUCGAUAGAUCAGUGCAGAAUUCAAAUACCACUUCUUCAACCCUGUAAAUACAAGAUCAGUCAUUCAACAUACAUACAACUUCAGCCAAAUUCAGGUUUAACAAAAACUACAUCAUGUGUACUUUCCUUCUACAUCUCCAAUGCAAACAAACCAAGCCAAGAGGAUGAAAUUGAUUAAAGUUGUAUAGAGUUCACUUGAAGCUAAUGUUUGAGAUGCUUUGUUUGUAACUUUCAUGUUAUGAACUGGAGUGCAAUGAAUCAUGAAUGUUUUUUUCUUCAUUUUUUGGUAGAACCAAGAAGUGAUUUGUAUUCAGUGUAUUCAAUGCUUAAAGUUAACUCCUAACAUUCAGUGUAUUCAAGGCUCUGGUCAUAUGCUCUUCCCUAUAUAAUAAUUGGUCAUAUGCUAUUCCCUAUUUAAUGGAAAGCAUUUCCCAAUUUCACAUUAUCUCCUCUACCUCUAUUCAACAAGAGAAAAAUGCUUUCCAAUGUAUUUUUGAAGCUGUGUUUUUUCACUGUUUGUUUCACUUGAGCAUGUCUCAUCAGCGUACAUAAUUCUGCCUAAUGACAUUGAAAGGAUAUCAAGCCAUGUUCAAUGAAUAGUAGUUGUACACUUGAUGAGCCAAAAUUUCACCAUUUUUUGGCUUUGGAGUGUGAUGGAAUAAAUCAAAAUGGAUCUCUAAACUGUCUGCGCUUCUUUAAUUAAUGAAGUAGCAGUUAGUCAAGCAAUGCAACUUUCGACGUUGAGCCGGGGGUCUCUUUGGAAACAGCCUCUCUACUUUCAAGUAGGGGCAAGGUCUGCGUACACACACCCUCCCCAGACCCUACUCUUGUGGGAUUUAACUGGGUUGUUGUUGUUGUUGAUGAGUGGUAGAGAUCGAAAUAGGGGCUCUACCAAUAGCAAUCANGUACACUUGAUGAGCCAAAAUUUCACCAUUUUUUGGCUUUGGAGUGUGAUGGAAUAAAUCAAAAUGGAUCUCUAAACUGUCUGCGCUUCUUUAAUUAAUGAAGUAGCAGUUAGUCAAGCAAUGCAACUUUCGACGUUGAGCCGGGGGUCUCUUUGGAAACAGCCUCUCUACUUUCAAGUAGGGGCAAGGUCUGCGUACACACACCCUCCCCAGACCCUACUCUUGUGGGAU